AUGGUGUCCAUGGGGCUCCAGCUGCUGGGCUACACCGUGGCCUUCCUGGGAUACAUCGGCACGCUGACAGCCACGCUGCUGCCCAGCUGGAAGACCAGCUCCUACAUCGGCUCCAGCAUCGUGACAGCCAUCAGCUUCACCAAGGGGCUGUGGAUGGAGUGCGCCACGUACAGCACGGGCAUCACCCAGUGCGACAUCUACAGCUCCCUGCUCAACCUGCCCGCCGACAUCCAGGCAGCCCAAGCCCUCAUGGUGAGCUCCUGCGCCGUGUCCUCCCUCGCCUGCCUGCUCUCUGUCGUGGGCAUGAGGUGCACCGUCUUCAGCCAGGGCUCGCCGGGCAAGGACCGGGUGGCGGUGGCGGGCGGAGCAAUCUUCGUCCUCGGGGGGCUGCUCUGCUUCAUCCCGCUGGUGUGGAAUAUCCACGUGGUGCUGCGGGAUUUCCGCAACCCCGUGCUCCCCGACAGCAUGAAGUUCGAGCUCGGGGAGGCUCUUUACCUCGGCAUCAUCUCCUCCCUCCUCUCCAUCAUCGGCGGCUUCAUCCUCUGCACCUCCUGCCCUGCCCGGGACACGACGACAGCCUAUUCCAGCGCCUACCAGCCCCAGCUGCUGGCGAGCAAGAGCCCCCGGCCCUCGGUCAGCCAGCUGCAGAAGACCAAGAGUGAAGUCAAUUCCUACAACCUGACAGGAUACGUGUAA